AUGUCUGCAGAUCUCGAGGCAGCCAGCAGUGAGCAACAUGCUUUUCUUAUGAACGAGACUGUCCAUUCCUUUUCUUGGAAAGGUGUGUCUGUCACAGUCAAGGACCGCGAAACAAAGAAACCGAAGGCUAUUCUGGAAAACUCGAACGGCCAUGCCAACCCAGGGGAAGUCGUGGUCCUGAUGGGCCCUUCUGGCAGUGGGAAAACUACUUUGCUGAACGUCCUCGCCCAUCGUGACUCGGCCUCUGGUGCUGAAAUUGAAGGAGAAAUUCUCGUCAACGGACGGAAAAUCGACCUCGAGACAUUCAGGAACAUAAGUUCCUACGUUGAGCAGGAAGAUAUUCUGGUGGGAGCCUUGACAGUGGAGGAGACCUUGUACUUCUGUGCUCAGCUAUCCCUUCCCAGCUCGGUGCCGAAAAAGGAACGCUUGGAACGUAUCUCCACCCUUCUAAAUGCAUUCGGAAUACAAAACCAGGCCAAAACCUUAAUUGGGACCCCAAUUCGCAAAGGCAUUAGCGGUGGCCAGAAACGCCGUGUAAGCGUUGCUAGCCAACUGAUCACCUGUCCGAAAAUAAUAUUCCUUGAUGAGCCGACUAGCGGCCUGGACUCCACAGCAAGCUUUGAAGUGAUGUCUUUUGUACAGAAACUUGCAAAGAAAAAUAAGAUGAACCCAGCAGAAUUCGUCCUUGACCUAGUGAAUACCGACUUUGCAAGUGAUGGAGAGAUCGCGGAAGCACAGCUAUCGCAAAUUUUUGCGAAUUGGGAAAAAUCAGAUGAGGCCUCGGAGCUGGAUAAGGAGAUUCGAAAAGUUGUGAAUACGGCUGAGAAACAUGAAAUUCCCUCGACCUCCUUGCGAGGCGCAAGCGCCAUCGGUACUAUCUUUUCUCUGCUCCAUAGGUCCUUUAUCAAGAGCUAUCGCGAUGUGAUCGCAUAUGGCGUUCGAAUCAUCAUGUAUCUCGGAUUGGCCAUUUUGGUCGGCACAGUCUGGCUUCGGCUUGGUUCUGGCCAAGAAAACAUCCAACCUUUCAUCAACGCACUUUUCUUCUCAUCUGCUUUCAUGUCAUUCAUGGCUGUCGCUUACGUCCCCUCGUUCCUCGAGGAUCGCGCCGCCUUUAUCAAAGAAAGGGCCAAUGGCUUAUACGGACCACUAUCAUUUGUGAUAUCCAAUUUCAUAAUCGGCAUUCCAUUCCUAUUCUUCAUAACAAUCCUCUUCGCUGUCGUCUCCUUCUGGCUCGUAAACUACCAUAACACCGCGACGGGUUUUUUCACCUUCGUUAUGUGGCUCUUCCUCGACUUACUCGCCGCCGAAUCCCUCGUUGUGCUCAUUUCCGCUCUGUUCCCCAACUUCGUCAUCGCCCUCGCCCUCACCGCCUUCGCCAACGGCCUUUGGAUGUGUGUCGGCGGCUUCAUGGUCUCCCCCACCGUCCUCAACGUCUUCUGGCGCUACGUCUUCCACUAUAUCGACUACCAGGCCUACGUCUUUCAAGGCAUGAUGGUUAAUGAGUUUGCCGAGAGGACUUUUAAUUGUGGGCCCGGUUGUCAAUGUAUGUAUGGCAGCGAGCUGGAGUCGCAGUGCAAGAUUGCUGGGACAGGGGUGCUAAGUUCUUAUGGGUACGCGACGGGGAGGACUGGGAAGUGGGUUGUUACAGCAUAA